AAGUGCAUGGGAGGAGCUGGCAACAGGAUUCGAUAAUUUGUGUAUGUUGUAAGAUCGUCCCAAUAUUGACAAAUAGUAUAAAGAAAAGUGAAAUUACAUAAAUAAUAUGAAUUGGCAAAUUUCUGUGAUCAGCAAAUAACCAAAAAAUAAUGAAUGUUCUUCAAUAUACUAAUCCUAGUUCUAAUAAAGAUCAUGGAUUUGAUGAAAUCAAUUAUGAAGGGUAAGGAAGAAAGGAAGAAGCUGUACAAAUUCAAAGUGUUCAAGUAUGAGGAACUGGAGCCGGAUGAGGACAUGACCAAAUGGCCAUUCCCACGGUCAGGACACAGGGUUGUUGCAGACACAUGUCAUCUGUAUUCGUUCGGAGGUUACAACCCAAAGAUUCAGGGAAAUCAGAGCGUGGAGGAGUUCUCUGUCAGCACAUUUCCACUGUUCCAGGAACUAUGGAAAUUCAAUAUUGCAAAGAAGGAGUGGGUGCCAUUCGAAAAGUCAAGGAGUUUUCCAAAAGAGCUUGCCUCAAAUGCUAUCAUCAGACAUGGGGAUUAUUUACUGGUUUAUGGUGGCACAGGCACUCCUUUUGGCCAGAGGUGCAGCAAUCAAUUGUAUAUAAUAUCAUUGAAUGAUAUAAAAAGUAAGAUGUGUGAGAUCCUGACCACUGGUCAAGUGCCACUACCUCAGUAUGGACAGGCUCUGGUCUGCAAUGAUAAUUACUUGUAUACCAUUGGUGGAACAAAUGGGUUUACUUAUACUUGUGAUGUACAUAGGUUAGAUAUGAAGACAAAUGUUUGGGAGAACGUUUAUAUAUGCCAAGGAAGGAAUGAUUCUGAACCUUUGGGUAGAUACAGGCAUGAGGUGGCCUUCAAUGGAAGGUACAUCUUUAUUUUGGGAGGUGGAACAGCUGAAAUGGCAUUCGAUUUUAAAAGAGUGCCAGCCUUUGAUAUCAAGCAGAAAACAUGGGAUAUAGUCAAGUCAAAACCUGAUCCCAAAUUUUUAGAUGUAGGAGGCGGCAUACCUGCGCCGAGGAGAUGCCACGGAUUAGUGCAAUUGAAGAUCGACGGCAGUUUGAACGUGUUCAUAAGCGGCGGUUAUGACGGGGAAGACGUCUUCUACGACCUUUGGCGACUGAACCUGGACACCUUUCAGUGGUCCCUGAUACCAUCGUGCGUCCUACCCUAUCCCACGUACUUCCACUCCUCGGCCGUCACUCCAGAAGGAAAACUGUACAACUUCGGUGGGAUCUACAUCAACGGUGACCUGAAACGACACAAUCUGGUGCAUUCGACAUGGCUGUGCAUACCAAAACUGAGCGAGAUGUGCUGGGAGGCACUACUCUUCUACAAACCCGAUAUCGCAGAUUGCGAUCGGCUCACAUUGCUCAAUCAGGGAUAUCCCAGGAGCUUCCUGAAGCGCUUGGAUUGAUUGAAAAGAAGUAGUUCAAAUACAUCUUAUUUCAUUACUUUCAUUUAAUUCUUCUAUACACACGGAAAUUAUUAUAUGUUUUUUUUUCCCUAUUUAAUACAUUAAAUUAAUUCUUCUAUACACUAAAUCAUUCGCAUUUUAUAUAUAUACACACAUACGUAUACAAUUCUUUUUACGUUUCAACUCUUUAUCAGCUUAAUUGUGCGAUCGUUACGGAAUUCAUUUGUACUCGAUUCGUAUUUUGCAGACGCCGAUGUGCAUGUACAUAUUUUUUCUUCUUGUUUGUUAUUCCGAACCUUUUAAAUGUGUCCACUUAAGCUAUUAUCAUUAUUAUUACAAAGAAUUGCAAACUUUACAUAAAUACAUUUAAUCGAGAGACAAA